CACCACUAUUACUUCUAAUAACAACAACCCAAGCAAGCUUAUUUGUUUUUUUUAAAAAAAUAUAUUUAAUAUUAAAUAUUACUACUACGUAUAUACUGUUUAUUCUUUCUUAAAUUCUUAUCAUGGAAAUAACAUCGGGACCCCUCUUCACUACAUCGACUGGGCUCAUUGACAGUGUCGACAAGAAACUCAUGGUUGUCUUGAGAGAUGGACGUAAAUUGAUCGGUACACUUCGGUCAUUCGACCAGUUUGCUAAUCUUGUCUUGCAAGACACGAUUGAGAGGAUCUAUGUUGGAAACUGCUUUGGCGAUAUACCUAGAGGCAUUUUUAUUAUUCGAGGUGAAAAUGUUGUACUUCUUGGUGAACUUGAUACUGAGAAAGAAGAGUGCGCCAACCUCCGGGAAGUUCCUGUCGAAGAAAUUCUUGUUGCACAAAGAGAAGAGAUGGAAGCAAAACAAAGACUUGACAAGGUUCGAAGCAAAGCCUUGCACAACCAUGGAUUCUGCGUAGAUAAUGCCCAGAAUGAUCUCUAUUAAACCUAUUGAGAAGAAGAAGAAGGACAAAAAGUCAAAGUAAGAUUAAACGAACAAACGAACGAACGAACGAACGAACAAAAAAAAAAUCAAGUCAAAGACCCCACCAAACCCUACCAUCAAUCACCAACCACCAACCAUCAACCAUCAACCAUCAACCAUCUUAAUCCCUAAAAAAUCAAGUUUUAUCCCUGUAUAAUGCUUAUAUAUACAUCUCUCUCUCUCUCUUACUUUUACUCUUUUGAUUAUAUAUAUAAUUAUAAAAAGAAGAUCACACCACACAACACAACACUACACCGUACCACACCAAACCACAUCACACGCGUAUACAACUUUUUUUUAAAGAAGCAUUGCUUCUGGUUUUUUCUUUCUUU